AUGCCGCUCCACCGGGUGCGCACCAGAGCCCGUGAGGGGACCCCGUGUCCUUCGGUGACCGUCCCCACCCGAUGGCAAUCCCUGAGGCUCAAGCAACCAAAGAUCUCGGCGCAGUCUCGCCAGCGAAGCAGUCCUGGCCCCGCACGCGGUGGAUUGCGGAACCGGCGCCCCCGUCUGGCGCUGAAGGCUGCGCGCGGCUGCCCACCAUCGAGGCGACGGUGGCUAGAGAGGCCGGCGGGCCGCGAGCGCUGCCGCGGCGCGGCCGCAGGGAACGCGCGCGGGGCGACCCCGCGUCUCUGGCCUUGUAGCCAUUUUAGGAGGAAACCCGGGUCGCUAGCCCGGGGCGUGGCUUCAAUUUCAAUAACUUUAUUGGUGGCCUUAUCCGCAGAACAUCCAUCGCACCAUUGGUCCCGGGAGGAGGCAGAGCAUCGCGGGAGGUGGCCCCCGACUCGAGCUGCACCGCCAUGGGAAACACCACCAGCGACCGGGUGGCCGGGGAGCGCCACGGCGCCAAGGCUGCGCGCGCCGAGGGCGCCGGCGGCCAUGCCCCGGGCAAGGAACAUAAGAUCAUGGUGGGGAGCACCGAUGACCCCAGCGUCUUCAGCCUGCCGGAUUCCAAGCCAUAAUGACUUUGUUGCCAUCCUGGACCUCCCUGAGGGAGAGCACCAGUACAAGUUCUUUGUGGAUGGACAAUGGGUUCAUGAUCCAUCAGAGCCUGUGGUUACCAGUCAGCUUGGCACAAUUAACAAUUUGAUCCAUGUCAAGAAAUCUGAUUUUGAGGUGUUUGAUGCUUUAAAGCUGGAUUCAAUGGAAAGCUCAGAGACAUCUUGUCGAGACCUUUCCAGCUCACCCCCAGAGCCUUAUGGUCAAGAAAUGUAUGUGUUUCGAUCAGAGGAGAGAUUCAAAUCCCCACCCAUCCUGCCUCCUCACCUUCUCCAAGUUAUUCUUAACAAGGACACUAAUAUAUCUUGUGAUCCAGCCUUGCUCCCCGAGCCCAAUCAUGUUAUGCUGAACCAUCUCUAUGCAUUGUCCAUUAAGGACAGUGUGAUGGUCCUUAGCGCAACCCAUCGCUACAAGAAGAAGUAUGUCACUACUCUGCUGUACAAGCCCAUCUGAAGGGAUUCCUUCCUGCCUCCCAGGAUUCAGGAGAAGCAUCUCCCUUGCCUUUCUGGACUAGACCCGUCUUACCUGGGACUGGAAGGCUGAUUUGCUUUGAGGCUAAUACGUGUGUUUCAGAGCCUCUGAGUAGGAUGCUCUCUCUGCUUUUGCAUUUGAUUGCAAAUGAGAGCUUUAGGAGUUCAUGGAAUUUAUUUUAAGAAAAAAUCAUAUAUACGCACACACACACACACACACACACACACACACACACACGCACACACACGAGAGGAAAGUUAAUGGAAGCCUCCUAGCUAGAUGUAUUCUCUCUACCUGUGGGAACUCACCAAGAUCUGUUGGGGAAAGCUGCAGGAAGAACCAUUACAGGAAGCUUUUUUCCUAAAGUGAAUGAAGAGCAAACUCUCAGGAUCCUUGUUGGGUGGAGAUUCUAUCACUGCUACCUUGGCUCUCCAAGGGAUGGACUUGUGCCAGAGUGCUGCCCUACUUACAGCUGCCUCCUUGCAGAAGCAGCUUUUCUUGCAUGGGUUCUCUGUAUUCCCAGAGUAUGUGCACAAUCUGUUUUUUAUAUGAUACCAGGUACCCCACAAGAACCCUUUUUCCUCUCAUUUCACAUUCUUGCUUUGUUAACCUCCUUCAGAUCCUAUAUCUGACUCUUGCCUAACACAAAACUCAGUGGGUAAGUGACCCCUUUCAAAGGCUGUGUGAAGGCUUCCCUGGUGGCGCAGUGGUUGAGAGUCCGCAAGCCGAUGCAGGGGACACGGGUUCGUGCCCCGGUCCGGGAAGAUCCCACAUGCCGCAGAGCGGCUGGGCCCGUGAGCCAUGGCCGCUUAGCCUGCGUCCAGAGCCUGUGCUCCACAAUGGGAGAGGCCACAACAGUGAGAGGCCCGCAUACCACACACAAACAAACAAACAAAAGGCUGUGUGAGACCUGACCCACCUUACAGACUAGGGCGGCCAGAAAGUCUCCUUUUUAAGCUCAGCACAGGCCCAUGACACUUUGUCACUACUUAUUUUAACUUCUACUGAAGAAAAUAUGGCUCAGCCUUAUAUGAAAGGCAGAAUGCAGGUCUACUUUUUUGUUUUGGUUUGGUGUCACAGUUUAGGCUGUAUUGGCACAUUCCCAUACUUUUUCCCACCUGGUUUGGCCCUGCUUCCAUGUUUUCUUUCACAGAGCAGAUAGCUUUGAAGGUGGGAGUAAAGCCAGAGAAAACUUUCAUGUCUUUCAUCCUUGGAAGAUUUUUAUGUGCCUACAUUUUUCUUUUAUCAGAAAAUGGCUUUUCGGGCUUCGCUGGUGGCACAGCUGUUGAGAGUCUGCCUGCCGAUUCAGGGGACACGGGUUCGUGCCCCAGUCUGGGAAGAUCCCACAUGCCGCGGAGCGGCUGGGCCCGUGAACCGUGGCCGCUGAGCCUGCGUGUCCGGAGCCUGUGCUCCGCAACGGGAGAGGCCACAACAGUGAGAGGCCCGCGUACCGCAAAAAUAAAAUAAAAUUUUAAAAAAAUGCCUUUUCAUUGGUCUUAAGAGACUGCAUUUGGAGAACUUCAGGCUUAUGAUAAAUUGCCCCCAAUAUUUUCUUCUCUAGUCUGGCCCCCUACAGUCUUAGAUUAAUAAGGCUGACUCUGUGUACAUCAUUACAGUAAACAUUGCUCUAGAUACAGACCCAUUCAGGCUCAUUUUAUGCACCUAAAAGUGUCCCUCGACUUAAGGAUUCAAGAGGCAAGAAAUUACCUUUGGUGUUCCCAGCCACGAAAAGUAUCCCUUUCAUGCACUAAAUGCUAACAGAGUUAUCUUGUUCUUCUGUAUCUUCCAGAAAGUGUUUGUUGAUGAAGUGGGGUCAGUGAUUUCCAUUUGUGGAGUAAAAAGUAUCUAUUCAAUCCACUCUUGAGAUUCAGAGAUAAGAUAUUUUUCCCCAAGUUUCUGUGGCUCUUCCAUUACAGAUAAAUGCAAGCCAAACAUUCAAUACUGAAGGAGGCUAAACUUGUUGCUGGAGAGGCUCCUUGACUGCUAAGAUGAGCCCAGCCCCACUGAAAGGGCACCCACAGGUAAAUUAGCUACCUCCUGUCUUUCCCACAUAAAGCUGAUGAUACAGUUGUCUUCCAGUAUGUAGAACUCUUAGAUCCUGUGUGUGAGGCAGUAGGGUGUGGGAUUGUUGUCUUGCCGGGAAUGUAAAUUGCUAAGUGCUUUGGUGGUUAAUUGCUGAGAGUAAAUACUGCUUUAGCCACUCAAGGCCACCAUCCGCCUCAAAAGGCUUUUGUGGAGAACGUUUUAUGGUUCCAAUCACUUUUAGAAUGGUGUGCCAUUUUAAAAAUCCAGGCCAAAUUCUGUUACUACCAACUCUCAGGAUCUACAUUGUCUUCAGUUAUACUAGAAUUUUGUUUUUUCCAUUACCCAUUAAACAAGUGGGCCACUUAGGAGUUGGUUGUCACCUAGAGGAUUUUGUUGUACUCAUAUGUCUUGUCAGCAGUAUUGACAUGUAAUUGUCUCUGUGUUCCUGUAUUAAAAUCUCUAUUCUGCACAGAUAAUUAAGAGUGUGGCAGGAAAAGAGAUUCCUUCAGUUUCUCUCAGGCCAGAGGCUUCUGUGAAAUGGGUCUGUCUCCAGUGACAGUAGGUUUUGGUGCUGGUGACCUUCAGAUCCUUCUAAUCUGGAAAUGUGUAGAAAGUGUCACUUUUCCAAAUUCUGAGGUAAUCUUUCAGCCAGAUGUGAAACUGGAGCCUACCAGCUGGUAUGGAAAGGGAUCAGUAAGAGGAAUUGGAUGAUGACUCAUUCAGCCCUGUCCCUCCUCUGUACUGCUGAUUAACAUACCACGGCCUUGAGAAUUCCUAUCAUACUCUCAGUCUGUCCCCUAGAAACUGUUCUAGAAGGUUGCGAGGGAGGGAGGAAGGUACCCAAGAGUACAGUUCACUCAUUCUUUUAUAUUGGUUAAAGGGAUAGUUUAUUUUCUGCAGAAGAAUUUGACAGAUUUUGAAAAUGAAUAAAGGGAAAAAUUUUUUUUAGGGUUUUUUAAAUUUGUUUUGCCUAUAAGAGUUUCACAGUCAAAGAGUAAGAAUGUAAUUCUUAGGGAGGGCUGACUCUUGAACUGUAUCAUCGUUUAGGAGUUAUGGGAAAAAGAAAGAGUAACUGAGCUGAGGAGUGGUACUAGGAAAGUUAAGGCUUAAGUAACUCGGAACUAAAAAUAUCCUUUUUUAAAUUAAACCAAACAUAUACUGGUGUCUUUGGAUCUCAUUGUACAGAAUUUACAGUAUAAAAAAUCUUUUUCUUGUUUCUAUUUUCUACACUUUCUCCUAUGUUGUGCUUUAACUUCAUGUGUCAGGCAGACUUUACCAGGGUCUAAAGUCAAACAUUACCUAAAACAAAUAUUAGUCAUCUUGCUGGUAAGGAGAACUUCUGUGUUAUGGUUAUUAGCUUGUUUUAAGCUUAGAGUUGAAUGAGAUUUAAUCACUGUAGGCAAAACCCCUGAAGGUCAUACCUGGCCUCAACAGUGUUGGCUUUUUUUUUAAAACAGUGCUUAUAUAUGGUAAAGAAGCUCUGUAAAAGAAGAAUCCAAGAGAGGUUUCUGACAGGAUCCUACAAACCCAGGCCCACUCACUUCACCCCAAUUAUUUCUAGUCUCGUAGACCUAAUGGAUCUGAGAUAAAAUCUUUGAAAAGUGUUGGUACUCCACAUAUGCUGCUAAAAUGAAGGUAAAUUCAGAAAGAAGUGUUACCUCUAGACUGGUCUUAUAUUAAUCUGGGUAUAAAUGAAGGAGACACAUUAAUGAUAUAGAAUCCCCUGCUUUUAAUUGGGGAAGUAGAGCAUUUAAAUUUUUGACCUCAACUAAAAAUGAUAUGCAGUAGUCUAUGUUUGCGUAUGUUUGCAAUACAUUCUAUUCUCAGAGAUUUCUAAAUCCUCACGUUCUAGUGAUUUGGGGCCUAGGCUUAAGAGCAGAUACACAGUUGGUUCCUGCAUUAUUGUGACUCAUCCUUAAAGCCAAGUUGUUGCUGUCUUCUAGGAACUGCUGACUCUAGUUACCCAUGGGAUGGAGGACCUGGGAGGGAUAGGAGUUAGGGUCUUUUAAAACUCUGGAUCUAGGCAUUUGUCUCUCCUUAAGCACCAGUCACAACUGGAGGUUGAAGGGCUGUGAUUUCUGAAAUGAACUGAAACUUCUGGAGUAAAAAGGCCAAAUCUUUAAAAAUUAUAAGAAAACGGAAAGAAUUCCAAGAAUCUGUUACUUACGAAAUCCAAUUCUUCGCAGUGGAAUCCCUCUAGGAUUCAAAUUUGGGCUUUGUCUUGAUUUGCUUUGCUUUACUCAGUUGUGCUUUUUUUUUUUUUUUUUUUUUGCGGUACAUGGGCCUCUCACUGCUGUGGCCUCUCCCAAUGCGGAGCACAGGCUCUGGACGCGCAGGCUCAGCAGCCAUGGCUCACGGGCCCAGCCGCUCCGUGGCACGUGGGAUCUUCCCGGACCGGGGCACAAACCCGUGUCCCCCGCAUCGGCAGGCGGACUCUCAACCACUGCGCCACCAGGGAAGCCCCUCAGUUGUGCUUUGAAUGAAUACGUUUUGUUAAAAAUUAAAUUUUGUUUUAGUUCCAACAUUAGUUGGAGUCGAAUUUUGUGUAGCACAGUGCUUUUGCAGUAAGAUUGAUAUGAAAAACUAAAUGCUAUGUGGAUUUUAUAGUCAGGUUAAAAUGGUCGAGGAGGUACCUACUAUAAGUAUUACAUUAUGUGUUGAUCAUCGUAUUUCUUUUCUAUUCCCAUCUACAGAACACCUACCCAGGUUGUGGUUUUAGAACAGCCAAAGCUCACUAAUGUUGAUUAGUCCUAAUCUCCACACUGGGCCCCAUAUAUGAAACUUGUUUAAAUUUUGGUAAAUUGGAGAAUGUUGGUUGUUACUACACUGAAGCAUUUUGAAUGAGUACAGCUCUGUUACAAAGGGGGAAUAAGACUAUAAAGGGAAUUAAACAUGUGAGUCCUCCUUUAAAUGGUGCUUUUUGUAACCUUUAGUGCUGCGAUACAGAGCUGCUUUUCGGUAUUUCACAAAGGAGUGGCAUACAAGAAUGAAUUUUAAAGCUUUUCUCCAAAUGUGAUUUUUCACUGGACUCUGACAUGUCUGAAAAUUAUGUGAUAUAACACAUACAGAAAUGUGAGGGUUUUUUUCCCGUAAAACUGUUGAAUAAAAGUAUUAUACAGCAAUAAUAUUUGAGUUCUUCAUUGAUUACUGAUUAUAUUAUCAAGACCUAUCUACUCAGUUAGCCUCAGGAUCUAAAGAAUGUAAAUUGCCACACAGAUACUUUUGAAUAAAGAGAAAAGUAAUAGGUAUAUGGGA